CUUCAUUCCUUAUCCUUAUUCUGCUCCAGAGUUUCUAAAACUGGGUUGUUUGUUGUUUGACACCAUGAUUAAGUCGGCUUUGCUACGGUCUUGUUCUUCUCCCCUGCUUCUUGAUCCGAAGCCUUCUUCUUCUUCUACAAGAUUUGCCACCUCCACUAUCUCUUGUUCGUCCAGGAACCAGGCUUAUAUCCCCAAGCUUGAACCCUUCAGCCGAUCCAAGUUUGAAAGGGCCGUCAAGGAGCCUCCGUUGAUUCAAAAAUCUGAAAUAGAGCUUGCAGAUUAUUGUUCGACGCUUGAAGGUGAAGAAUCCUAUGGUUGCUGGCAGGCUUACUUUGAGCUGAAGGAUCUUGAAAAAGAGAUCCCGAAAGCAGACGUAGAGAGGUUGAUUCUUCAGACGGGCGGUGUGAAGUCCUUGAUAGGAUGCUUACAUGGAAUUGCGUACAUGCACAAACUGAAGAAGAAUGGCUUGUCUGUUCCAAAAUUGGUGGAAUCAGAAGAAAGGCAGAGGCAGUGCCCAAUACCAGAUGGGCUGCCAAAAUCUGAAGAGGAGAUGAUGGAAGAGGAGGAUGGUAGACUGCCUGAUUCUCCAUUCACAAGACUUCUCAGAAGCAAGGGCAGGUUCCCUGCUUGGUAUUCCCAAGCCCCAGAUCACCAAACAGAUUGAUGGUUCUCUGAUUAUUGCAUCUCCUUAAAGGAAUGGGAGGGAGAGGGAGAUUUGGUCUGAAUGUGUGCUAUAGAAUUGUAGAUUGUGUUUAUAUAUGAAAGAGUUUUUCAUCAGAUUAGCAAUUGGGUAUGGUAUGUAUAAUUGGUGAAUUUCAUUGAGUCAUGUGAGUGAAAAAAGAUGUUAUACUUGGAAUUGCAGCUCCAGUCCUUGAAUGACAAACUCUGAUAUCUUUACAUCUUA